AAUGAAAGUGACGUUUAUUGCCAUAACCGAAGUAAAUAGUUUCAGUUUUUGUUAAAAAUAAAACAUUGGUAGUUAUUGAUUUUUUUAAAUUUCAUAUUUUCGUGUUUCUACGAUGUUUUGCUGCUUAAAAAAUUGCGUCAAUGGCUUUUCUCUAACGCCAACUGUUCCUAUACGUGUGAAGAGUAAUCCAGUGCAGUUAGAUUCUUUACAUAUGGGACAUGAAAUAGUCAUAGUGAAAGGAGGCCAGCGUGUUUGUGGGUCCGGCUGUGCACUUGGCAAUGCACCACUUGUUCAGAACAAAGCCUAUUUUGAAGUAAAAUUGCAGCAGGGUGGUGUGUGGGCAGUGGGACUUGCGACCAGGGAAGCAGACCUCAAUAGAGUACAUGGUGGUGUAGAUAAAGAGUCUUGGUGUUUGAACAGUGACGGUACGGUUAGGCAUGAUAAUGUUGAACUAUACCAUCUGAAACCAGCAAGUCAGGAGUCACCUACAGAGAUCCUUGUCACAACUGGGUCGCCCAAUCACACAGAGGAUAAAGUUAACGACAAAAUGGACAGUGAAAAAGCUAAUGAUAAGACAACAGCUAUGCCCGGAGAGGGUGACGUAAUUGGGGUAGCAUAUGAUCAUGUGGAGAUGAACUUUUUCCUUAAUGGAAAGAAUAUGGAAAUUCCAGUCAGACAAAUCAAGGGAACAGUGUACCCCGCUCUUUAUGUUGAUGACGGUGCAAUUCUGGACAUUAUCCUUGACAACUUCAGAUACCCACCACCGACGGGAUAUGAAAAGAUCAUGGUGGAGCAGUCACUCCUAUAACUGGCUGUAUUUUAAGCUCGUGUGGACAUUAUAUUCUUGCUAAUGUGUGCUAUGACUAAGACUGUGAACUGAUCUACUAUGCCAUAAAUCUUACAAAUCAAUGAUUGGACAUCAAUUUCAAUCAUCAUUGAGUUCAUUCUAUCAAAAUUAUUUAACUUUGUCUUUGGCAUUCAAAAUGUGGUUAGGACGCACUGAAUAUUUUUAUUUUAAGAUACAAUUAGUAGUUCGCUAAAUUGUGUUUAAUUUCGAGUGAUGACAAUUAAUUUUAUGAGCCUGUUGUAUUAAGUAUUUAUUAUUUAAUUGUUUUAAAAUAUUUAAUCGUGUUAGACCUUAAGUAUUCGUGUACCAGAUAUAUUAAUUCCAUUACAUUAAUAAAUUCAUUCUGAUAUAACUAAAAUAUUUUAAAUUUAAUGAAAAUUCUUGUUAGAAUGAUUGUUUGUGACUGUUUGUAUGGAUUUUUAAGGGGCUAAACAAAUCUUUGAAUGUAGUAAAGGUGCAUUGUAUUCAAUUUUGAGUGAGAAAUUGUAACUCAUGAUCGGAUAACGGAUGUUCUGAAUGAUUUUAAUAUAGAUUUCAAUCUAUUUCUGCCUAUUUAUACUAAGAUACUAAACUUGAGAUCUUUUGAUGGUGACUAAGUAUGUUUUUUUAUUUAAGGAGACCAGUAACCGUGUUUUUCAUAUCCUUAGAUUAAAAAUAUAUAGCACUAAAUGUGUUAAAUAUAUUCAUAAAGUAAAUUUCAAAUAAAACUUUCAAUCUAUUGUGUUGCGAGUAUAGGACUAGGAUGAAAUAAAUAAAAAUAUCACAAAAUGUGCUAAAUCACUUAUUACAGACUAUAUAAUAAUUUAUUAAAUUAACUAUCAACCAAUAAUUAUCUCUUAAAUAAUAUAACAUUUUUAAAAUAUUAUGCAAUAUCUUAAUUUUUUAAUUUUUUUUUUUUUUUUUAAUGGGAAUUAUAAAGUUAUGAACAUUUUAUCUAAUAAUAACUAUUAAAAGACCCAAUUAUAUAUAUAUUUUUUUUAUAAAUGAGAUCUCAAGGUAUGACGUGUACCAAAUUAUGUAAAAAUAGUUAUCAUAUGUAUUUAAUGUUUUCUUCGGCUGUAUAUUAUACUGUAUAAAGACAUAUUGAUGUAUUUAUUUUUGAAUAAAUAAAAUGUACUUAAA